GUGAGUAAGGAAUGUACGUGGAAAAGAAACAAGAAUCAAAGAUGGAGGAAGAAUUGACGAAGAAGGAAGGAAUAUGGACGAAGUUGUGGAAGUUUCGACCGAUCUUUUACGCCGUGAUAACUCGAGUAAUGUUCUUUAUUCACGGAUUCAUGUCUGUAUGGCUUCUUGCUCACUGUUUCAAGAACCCCAUGUACUGGGUAACCAUUGCUGGCGUUGUGCUGUUGUUUUUCGAGAUGAUGUAUACGCUUCUCGCUCGAAAAGGACAAGAAUAUAAAUAGUAAGUAACGUUGUGUUAUCAUUUUUUUUCUUGUACAUGCCUACAGUCUGAAGUCUGCGUGGAAGAAUAAUGGCGGCUGACCGCGGUGUUAUUACAGUCGUCUGCAAUAAAUUGACAUGACAUGCUUUGCUUGCAUGCUUUGGCAACCUGAACAGUGUUCCCCUGUACCCUCCUUUAGAUAGUCCCCUACUAAAAUAAAUGUUGUCUCGGGAUUCCUACUCGAGAAAUUAUAUGUUGAUAUUUGUGUAGAAAUUAUAGUUCAGUGGCCUCAAAAAAGUUCUAUGGGUAGUUAAUAGUCCCUUCUCAUGUAAUACAUGUAGUUUGUUAUAUCAAUGUCACUUUGAUUGUUCUUUUUUUUCCAGUUUCUGGCCCAGCUGUUUUUUCUACAUGUCCACAAUGAUUCCAAUUAUCUGGGUUGCAGAAUUAGAAUUUCUAAAUGAACGUAUUCAAGCAGCCAAUGGACAAAAUGACACAUCCUCAACUCGCAAGAGUCCUAUCCCUGGGGUAGGUAGUUUUCAUAAUAAACUUGAACAUUAAGUUAUUGCUUCAUUGCUUAAUAAGCAGUGGGAGGUGCGCUGGCCUGGGGGAUCGCUCCAGAGGUCAGGGUUUCUCUGGUCUCCAAAAAAUUUUUUUCAGCCCUUCAGGCCUCACUUUGGUCUAAUAAUAAGGGGAGGGGGGGGCAGGUGCCCCAGGCCACCCCUGGAUCCGCUACUGGUCAGGUUCGUAAUGUUGUGUUCUUGGGCAAGACACUUUAGGCCCAUUUAAAAUGUCGUGCUACUGCUGUGCUGAACUCAAUAGAUCGAAUUAAAUUCGACUUUAGCACUACAGUAGCGCGACAUUGGAAACCAAGUCGUGCUACUGCUGUGUAGCAUGGCAAGCCUUGCCAUGCUACACGGCAGUAGCUCGACUUGGUUUCAAAUGUCGUGCUACCGCCGUGCCGAACUCAAUUCCUAAAUUAUAAAUACAUUAGAAAAUAUUUUAAAGUUUGCUAAACUGUUUCUUUAUUUUUGUGUUUUGUUCUUGGCAACAGCCGUUCCAUUUGACUGUCAUUGUGUGAAUUAAAUUCAACGUCUGAAACCAAGUUGUGCUAGUGUCAUGCUGCAGUCGAGCUACUGUCGAGCCAGCUAAGCACGGCAGUAGCAUGUCAAUAGGAACAGAAACAGGCCUUACUCUCUCACAGUGCGUUGCUGUACCCAGUUAUGUAAAAGGGAACCCCGAAUUUAAUGCUGGUGGUAACCCUGCAAUAGCCUGUGCCAGGCUCUCAGAUAGUAUAGUGGGAACGUAUUAAAAUGAGCAAAGCGAAAAUAAGACUCGCACGACUUGGGAAAGGGGGCGGUGGCAGGGGGAUCUUCACGUUUUUCGCAUUUCUUUUUUCUGAACGACUUUCCACCACUAUCUCCGAGCCUGGAACAGGCUAACCCUGCAAUGGUCUGUUAUCCUGUCCAAGGGAGGAAUAUAACAUUAAUAUUCUUAGUCGCUUAGAACUACAGAAACUGGGUUAAACUCUGACCUGAUGAGGCACUUGGCUUGUAUGCAGACUUUUUACCUACUUUCACCUCAAUUAACACUAAUGGGCAGCAAAAAGGGUCGGUUGCUUUUUCCCCUCAACAGAAGUGAAUGAAGAAAGAUUCUUCAAAUUUUGCUGAUCGUCAAGCAUUGUCAUCUCUCUUUGUGCCACAUUUUCAAUACAGUUGCUAUAUUUACUCAAACCAGCUGCCUACAUAUACUGUACUUUUUUUUUUUCCAACCUGUUCCUUUUGAAGUGUCUUGUUUUCGGAAAUAACUUUUUUCUUUUUUUAAAUUUACUUUCAGUGUUUUGGAAAUAUAAGCACACAGACUUUGGCAAGACAGGUGUGUGAGUUGGGUUUGAUUAUUGGUAUGAUCAUAGGCCGAUGGCUGUUACCCAGAGGAGAGAUAACCCGUGACCAGCUGUCUGCACUUUUGUUGGGCUAUGUUGGUACAGCAGCCGACACCUUAGAGCUAUUUGAAGUUCUAGAUGAACAAGCUGUGAGCACAGAUCAGCAAGUAAACCAUGCUGUAUUAGGUGUGUAUACCUGGAGCUUGCUGCAGUUCUGUCUUGUCACAACAGCUACCACUGGAAAAAACAACCAAAUACGCAUCACAAACAACAAGGUGGGUAUCAUACUUUUGUUAGUUUUUCUUAGACCCAAAUGUGGUGUUGCAAAUAGUGAAAGUAAAAAAUAAAUAUGAAAAAUGCUAGAAUUUUGAUAGAGAAAGAUUGGUGUAGGAUUAGGAACUCUUUUCCUGGAAAGACCUAGGUCUCUGUGCAUUCAUGUUUGACGCCCCUCGACCAUAUUUAAAUGGCAUUUACUGGCAGGAUUUUUUGCAAAAAUGCUUCAAAUGUGAUGUUUUUGCUUGUGAUGCACGUAUUUGCAAACAUGGUGCAGCAGUCAAGGGGUCAAACUGGCAAGCAGGGGACCCAGGAUCAAAACAUUUGACCUGUAGCAGCAGCUCUCUUCUGUCAUAAUUAAUCUUUUUGUUACCAAAUGAUUGGAUUUAUAACUCUCAAUGUUACUACAAAGAAGGAAGGUAUAAUGUUAAGAGCAUUGUUUUUUUUCCUUCCAGGUGAACCCUGAUGAUGUAAUAAAUCGUAAGAUUAGUCUGCAUAAGUAUGGGAAACAAGAAGACCUCAAAGAGAGAUACAUUCAGAGAUUACAAAUGAAAAGGAGACAGACAGAGAUGAAUAUGAUGCGUGGAAAAGGGUUUAAAGGAGUUAAAGAGAAGAAGAUCAACCCAAUUACUACUGCUCGUGGGGAGGUGAAGGAGAUUUCUCGUCGAGAAAUGUUGCUUCAUGGAGAUAUAUUUGGAAUCCUGACUGGUAUCUUUAUGCAGGAUGGUCCAUUUCUCAUUCUACGACUACUGCUUAUCAUAAAGUACCAAGUGUACAGUGAGAUGCACAUUUUCUUUACUUGUAAGAAUGCCAUUGCUUUAAGCCUCCUUGUAUAUAGACUGUGUAUUCUUACAUGCAGUGGUGAAGAUGAGGAAGAUGUAGAGCACCAGCAGCAGGAGUCAAGAUUGCAGAAUGUUCAACAAGCUGUGUUAAGUGAGAACUUCCAAAAGGCUGGUGCAAUUCAGCUAGCAGGAUAGAUAAAUAGUUAACUUCCAUUGACUUUAUGUGCCACUGACUCCUGAAUUUACAUCUAAACCUGACAUUUUUCCACAGCUGCUAGAGGUUGAUGUCCUCUAUGCUAGGUAUUUUUAGGCAAGGUCAAAAAUGUCUCUUUUCAAAGGGAUCUCACUUAAAAACUUUCCAAGUUAACUGCAGUGGCCAUUUAGAGAGAUGUCUUAAGUACUUGAGGGUACAUGUAAUAUAUAUUGUAUUAGUUACGUGAGCACUGACUUGUUUGGUGGAAAACAGAACAGGAAAAUGUCAAACUAACCCUAAUCCAAAUCUCCAGUUAAUUUUUCCAACCUCCUCCCUCCCACCAACUUCAAAAUCUUAGUGACAGUCCAGUCAGUAAAUUGAAUAGUAAUUCUCAUCAUAUUUCAGUCAUGAUUCAAUCAAUCACUAAAUCUACAUACACUUCUAUAAGAUUUCUCAAAUCUAGUUACAACUGUCAUUUUAAACUCCUACUUUUAUUAAAUAACUUGUCUUUUUGUUGCCACGGUGCAGUGUAGUGUUGAUGUACAUAUAUAACAUGUUAAAACCUAAAAAAAGGAGAUUACAAACCUGCAUUUUACAAUGACACCCUUCUGGUCACAACAUGCACAUUAAUAAAUUAAUUAUUACUUAUAUAAUCUUUUUACAUGUUGAACUAUAUGGAUGAAAUUUUCCUAUGGACACUCUGUAAACUUCUUGUCUUCAAUGUCAAAAAAACAUUAUUUCAUUGUCAGAACACAACCCAAAAUGGGUUACAAAUGCAAAGAACAGGAUUGUCAAAAAAUCAAGAAUGUAUCACACUGCCAUGUUGCAAAUUAACUUUGUAGGUACUUAACUUGUAAGACUUUAUUUACACACAACAUCACCUUGGUCAUAUCAAAUAAACUCACUUGC